AUGCCACAAGAUUUACCACCAAUUGGCGGGUACGAUCCAAUCCAAUGGAAGAGAAACUUGCCUACGAGAGGGUUCCGUCCUAAAAUUGUUCUCGGUGUCGUUUUGGCAAUCACAGGUUAUGGAUGGUAUGAAAUGGCCAGGGGUAUUAGUGAAAGAAGAGAAUUACAAAGAGAGAAGAUUUGGGCAAGGAUCCAUUUGAUGCCACUUUUGAUUGCUGAGUUUGACAGGGACAGUGUGAGAAGAUACUAUGCUGAUAAGGCUAGAGAAGCUGAGAUUAUGAAGGAUGUUGAAGGUUGGGUUCCUAAGCAAAAUGUUUAUAAUGAUGGGAGAUUUCGUAAUCCAGUGUUUGCCUGGGGUGUUGAAGACUCGUGA